AUGAGCGAGCCGGCGACGACGGCGGCGGGCCCGCUCGGGCGAUUGCCUGGCAUGUACUAUGAUCCGGAGCGAAGGCGAUACUUUGCUGGGGAGGCACCGGUGGUGGCUGUGGAGAAUAGGGAGGUUGAGCGGGAAGCAGCGCUUUCGGUGUUGCCGUUUGCCCUGGGCACGGCGUCCGUGGCUCAUCGGCCCAACGUGCUUCAUCGUCUCGACGUGUGGCGUGAGCUGCAUCACAGCCAGCGCACGCCGUUGAGCAGUGCUCGGCGUGCUCGACUAGCGCAUAUCCAGCUUGCCGAUGCACGUCCCAUUCAUCCCGCCCCUGCCGUCAUGCGAUACGCUGCCUAUCUACCCCAUGCCAACACCAGCGUCCUUUAUCACGAGCUCUGUGUCGAACACUUGCGCCUGGAAUCAGACCCGGUAGAGGGCGCACCUGCGCACACAGAUGCCCCGGGUCUUACAAUGCAGCGCGGGCGAAUGGAAAUAGUUUGGUUCUCACUGCUGCCCAUUGCAUCGAUUUGUCUGGACCAGCUGACUAUGCAGGUGGCCGCCGUUGGCCGAAAUCACAAGCUUAUGAGCUGGAUGCGCGGCUUUGCCCAUAGCGUCGAGCACCGCCCGCUUCCAGCCUGUACCUCCGAUCCCACCUGUCUGCACACGAGUCCGGCAGCCGUGCAGGGACUGGGCGUCAUUGGCUGUAGAAAUGGCGACCUUUAUUUGGUCGACACGCGGGCGCCCCGACCCGAGCGGCCCCGGCCCACUCUGCGCGGUCUCAACAUGGUCUAUCUCUACCGCCAGGACCCCUGGCUCUUGACCAAUCACACCGCCCAGGACCAAGGCCUGCGACUGUACGACGUCCGCCAUCUCACCCGCCCCCUUCUUACGUUCCAAGGUUACGCCCAAUACACCAAUCAUAAUGCGGUGCCGCAAGUCUCGCAUGGCGAGGCCUACGUCGCUGCCGUGGACAACCGCGGUCUCUUGCGAGUCUUUCGUCCGGAUCGCGCCGCCCCAGUCAUCACUAUGCGAGUUCCAAAGGCCAAGGGGGAUUGCAGUUGGCACCGCAACCUGGUUGCCUCAGAUCGUGAUGAGCUGCUUUUCCUGAAGGCGCGCAUGUUCCAUCACAAAGUUGACGGCUUCAGCUCCACACGAAGCGUAAAAGUGAUCCUGGUGUCGAGCAUCGCCCAAAAGACGGCAAUUUCCCGUUCGGAUGGCAAAGUGCAAGUCCGCACCUGGUUCUUGGUCACUAUCACCCAGCGUCUGUGCAUGGGAAACGCCGCGCGGAGGUGCAACACAACACAGCAGCACACAGUGAUCGUGCGCCGAGGGCCGUCGCUGCGUCGUCGUCGUCGUGGGCGGGAGACGGGCGGAUCAAGGUCCAGGGGGGUGUGGUGGUGGUGGUUGAUUGAUUCUCGAACGAUAGUCACCAUGGGCUGCUUGAAUCGCCGCCGGCGCAACACGGCCGUGGUGGUGCAGGGCGUCAACUCGAAUGGUACCAGCGUCCAGCUUCAGCAGCACACCCGCCGCGUCGUGGCCUUUGACGAGGACAACAAUGCCACCGUCAACACGGCUCGCCACAACAGCGCCGUGCAAUGGGCGAGUCCUGCCGCCUCCGCCGCCUCGCCUGCCGCGCCUGCGUCUCCAGGCUCAAUCGGCGCGUCACCCCAGCCCGUUUCCGCCCUUCGCCAAACAAGCGCGGCCUCGCCGUCAGCAGCAGCGCUCAGCCUCUUGGAUCUCAUCCCCAAUUACCCCUCCAAGACCGUACCUGAGGCACCCCGAGCGCCACCCCGGACCCUUGUUCUUCGUGCCGUGUAA